AAGGCCCGCUUGGCCAAGCUGCGCCGGGAGCUCAUCACCCCCAAGGGAGGCGGCGGCGGCGGCCCCGGGGAAGGCUUUGAUGUUGCAAAGACAGGUGAUGCCCGAAUUGGGUUUGUGGGUUUUCCAUCGGUGGGGAAAUCUACUCUUCUAAGUAAUCUUGCUGGUGUAUACUCUGAAGUGGCAGCCUAUGAGUUCACUACAUUAACUACGGUGCCUGGAGUCAUUAGAUACAAAGGAGCAAAGAUACAGCUACUUGAUCUCCCAGGAAUUAUUGAAGGUGCCAAGGAUGGUAAAGGCAGAGGAAGGCAAGUCAUUGCAGUUGCUCGAACCUGUAAUCUCAUUCUGAUUGUUCUGGAUGUGCUGAAACCCCUUGGUCACAAGAAAAUCAUUGAGAAUGAACUGGAGGGAUUUGGAAUUCGUCUGAAUAGUAAGCCCCCCAAUAUUGGCUUUAAAAAAAAGGAUAAAGGAGGCAUUAAUCUUACAGCCACAUGUCCUCAGAGUGAGCUGGAUACUGAGACAGUGAAGAGCAUCUUGGCAGAGUAUAAGAUUCACAAUGCUGAUGUCACACUGCGCAGCGACGCCACGGCUGAUGACCUCAUCGACGUUGUCGAAGGGAACAGGGUUUACAUCCCAUGCAUUUACGUCCUCAAUAAAAUUGACCAGAUUUCCAUUGAGGAACUAGAUAUUAUUUACAAAGUACCCCACUGUGUACCAAUAUCUGCUCAUCAUCGCUGGAACUUUGAUGAUCUGCUGGAGAAAAUUUGGGACUACUUGAAGCUAGUACGAAUCUACACCAAACCCAAAGGGCAGCUCCCAGACUACACCUCUCCUGUGGUACUACCUUACUGCAAGACCACAGUGGAGGAUUUUUGCAUGAAGAUCCACAAAAAUCUCAUUAAAGACUUUAAAUAUGCACUGGUCUGGGGUUCAUCUGUUAAACACAACCCUCAGAAAGUUGGUAAAGACCAUACUCUUGAAGAUGAGGACGUUAUUCAGAUUGUGAAGAAAUAAACUUGUUCUCACA